AUGAGAACGCCGGGCGAGAACGCGGGCGUAGCGGAGCGGCGUCUGCGGGCCGGCAUUGUAGCUCCAGCGCGGGGAGAGGGGAGCGGAGAAGAGCAGUAUGUGCCCUUCAUGUUUCGAGCAGCGGGCGACCGCGACCGCGCCCGCGUCCGCACUUGCGCCACGCCGCGCCUCGCGGUAGCGGAUGCCCAACAGUACGCUGAGAAAAAAAUGAAUGAUAUAAUUGAAGGUAUAAUUACAUUCUCAAGUAUCGGGAAUCAAGUGGAAUCCAGUUUUAUGAUUUUUGAUUUGCAAAACAUGAUAUGGAUACAUUUCAAAAAUCGCUACGAACUAUCAACUUUUUUAAGUUUUAUUUUACAAUUAAUUUCAUUACGUGUGUGCAUUUACAUUUCUUGCUUCGUGCAGGCAUUAUACUACAUAGGCGCCGAGGCGCAGGCACCCCCGGCGGCGGCAGCUGACGCCAUCGAAGCGGUUGGCGGCGGUGGGCGCGCUCGCAGCGACGGUGGCGGCGGCGGUGGCGGCGGCGGCGGCGGCGGAGCGAUGGCGGACGCGCGGCCCACCCCCGACUCGGAGUCCGCCGCUGACGACGACGACGCGGGCGACGACCAGCCCGCGCCCCCGGCGCCCAGUCGGUAUUUCAGUGUAUUGAAAGAAAUAAACGCAAAAAACGACAUGCUGGGCCACUCGCUCUUCAGCUUCACGUCGCCCGAGCAGCACGCGGAGCUGCGGCGUCAGCUGACGCCGGACGGCCAGACCGCCGCCCCCGCCCCCGCGCACAGCGCUGCCGCCGUCUCCCCAGAGGGAAAGAUACCGGAAACCGAACUAUUUGCUUAG